CUCGUGCAGGCUCUGGAAAGCGAGUGGGUGUCGGCGAAUCUCCACCAUUGGAUCGACCUGAUCUUCGGAUACAAGCAGCGAGGCAAGGUGCUGCUACUGCUCUCUCUUGACUCCCCCAUAGCCCGCGCCACGUCAGACAGCACAGCUGGAGAGGCUGAGGGCGGAAGCAGCGAUGUAGGUGGCAUGACAAUUAGUGGCGGAAUGGCAGAGGAAGACGAGAUGGGGAGGCUGAAGGCGCUGCAGGGAGCGGUGGGGCUGGGAAGCUUCAACGCCAGGCGAGCAGCGCAGCGCAGGGGUGCUUUGAGUGCCGCAGGUGCCGCACUCCGUGCAGUGAGUGCUGUGAGUGCGGUUAGUGCUGUGGACACCAUUGGAUGGGUGAGGUCCACACCAGUGGUGGCAAGAGCAGCAGCGGUGAGAGAGGAAAAGGAGAUGGCGGCACUGAGGGAAUGGCUGGACGAGGCUGGUGUGGGGCGUGGGGGGGAAGAGCCGCCUGCCUGCUCGCCCCCCUUCUCCCCCACUGCGCCCUUCCCUGCCUUCCAGCCGUCACCUGCAGUGGAUUCUUGCUCCGGUGGUAGUAGCACGGGGAAGAGCGAAGGGAGUGGCAAGGGCAGCAGCCACGGGGGCAGCAGGGGAAGCAGCAGAGUGAACGGCAAGGCGAGCGGAGCAGAUGGUGGUAUAGGCAGCAGCGGGGCGAGCAGCAACGGUGAGAUGAGCAGCUUUAUCAGCGGCAGUGGCAGCGGGAGGAGGAGGGCGAAAGUGCGGCGAGUGAAGGCACAUCGGGGGCCGGUGGUUGCGGUAGCGCUGGCAGAGCAUGCAGAGUCACACGAGUUGCUGCUCACCACUGCGGGCGCUGAUGGCAUGGUGAAGAGCAGCUCCAGUACUGCAGAGCAUGCAGAAUCGCACGACUUGCUGCUCACCUCUGCAGGCGCUGAUGGCAUGGUGAAGGUGGUGUGUGUGAGGAGGGUGAAGGCGCAUCGCGGCCCGGUGGUGGCAGUGGCGCUGGCAGAGCAUGCAGAGUCGCAUGACCUGCUGCUUACCACAGCGGGGGCUGACGGCAUGGUGAAGGUGAGGGGGAGCACUCAUGGCGUACAGUGA